AUGGGUUUAACUAACGUAGGCAUGUGUAUUGAUAAAAACUUCAGCCUCUAGUUGUAUGGAUCAUUCCAAACAUAAGAAGUUGGGUUUUUGUAUGCUGAUGUUGUACGAUGCUAAUAAAAUAUAUUAAAUCAGUUAUUUCCAGGUUAAAAUAAAAAAUGUAAAAGCUAGCAAGAAAUUGAUAAAGUAGUUGAUUUGGCAAAUGUACUAAUGGUAUUUUUACAAUAGAGAUUUGAUGAAAAUAAUUUUGAAGUACCGAUCCAAGACUAAAUAGACACUCGCAGAAUCUCAAUAAUGAGUGAUACUACACUUUAAAUGGCAUUUUAAGUUUAAUAAAAUACUGUCUAUGCUCAAGAUAAUUGGUUGUCAAAUGGAUUAUAAUAAGACUCAUAUGUAUUUAAUGAAGUUAGCAUCUUUAGUUAAUAUAGUAAAAGGAUAAAAAAUUCUACAACUGACCCUUAUCUAAGAUUACAGUUUAUUCAAGAUGAGUCUAAGUAGACUAUCAAUAGAUAAGCUUACACCUUAUUUGAUGCUUUUACUUAUACAGGUGGAUUAAUGAGCAUUAUUUAUGCUUUCGCUUAAUUUUUGACUCGAGGAAUAUAAAAGUAACUGUAUUAUCAAAGUUUAAUCAAAAGACUUUAUCUUUAACCAAAUAUUGAAAAUCUUUAAGCAUCAGAUAAACAUGAAUUAGUGUAGGAACAAAAGAUUAUGCCACAAAAAAUGUAGUAAAAAAACAAUGAGACUUAAAAGAUAAAUAACUUAGAGACUUGA